CGUUUCAUCCUCCCCCUCCGUUGGCGUGGUACUUUCUUCUCGGCGGAGGGAGAGAUUAAGUUCGGGAUCUCUUAAUUUUUUUUUCCGGAACCUGUGAUCGCCUCCGUUCCCGAUGGCCGUUGAUCUGAUGGGCUACUCGAAGAUGGACGACCAGAUCGCGAUCCAGGAGGCGGCCACCGCCGGGCUCCGGAGCAUGGAGCACCUCAUCUUCCAGAUCUCCCACCACAAGUCCCAGCAGCUCGACUGCCGCGAGUUCACCGAUCUCACCGUCUCCAAGUUCAAGAAGGUCAUCUCCAUCCUCAACCGCACCGGCCACGCCCGCUUCCGCCGCGGCCCAACGGCGGCGCCUCCGCCGGCUCCCCAGACCCUGACCCUAGCCCCGAUUCCCCUCAAGGCGCAGCCAACCCAGCCGGCGGUGCCGCCUCCGCCUCCCCAGACCCUGACGCUGGACUUCACCAAGCCGAACCCGGGCCCCUGCUCCGUCGUCGUUGGUGGCGGCGAGAUCGCCACCAGCCAGUACACCAAGGAGAGCUUCAGCAUCUCGACCCCGAUUUCUUCGACGAACUCGUCGUUCCUGUCGUCCAUCACCGGGGACGGCAGCGUCUCCAACGGCAAGCAGGGAUCGUCCCUUCUCCUCCCUCCAGUCGCCCCCUCUGCUGCCAUCUCCGCCGGCAAGCCGCCCCUCUCGUCCUCCUACAAGAAGAAGUGCCACGAGCACGCCCACUCCGAACUUGUCUCCGGCAAGUACGCCGUCUCCGGCGGCCGCUGCCACUGCUCCAAGAGAAGAAAAUCUCGAGUGAAGAAGACGAUCAGAGUGCCGGCGAUAAGCACGAAGAUGGCCGACAUCCCUCCUGACGAGUACUCGUGGCGCAAAUACGGGCAGAAACCCAUCAAGGGCUCCCCUUACCCGCGGGGCUACUACAAGUGUAGCAGCCUGAGGGGCUGCCCUGCGAGGAAGCACGUCGAGCGGGCGCCCGACGAUCCUUCGAUGCUGAUCGUAACGUACGAAGGGGAGCACCGCCACACCCAGAACCCUGCAUCCGAACCCACCGAUUCUCUCUUGUUCGCCUCCUCCCGCGAGAUCUGAUCCGAUCAUCAUCGAGAGUUUGCUGCGAUGCCAGCCGUCCAUCCGGUGGUCCUCCUCCUAUCUCGUGCUCGAGCUCCAUGUUUUUUUUUUUUUCAAAAAAUCUUUUUUUUUUUUUCCCCCUCUCCGAGGUCAGAACUUUGGAGGAGAGGGUUGAUAUUAUGUAAAAAAAGGCAAGAAAUGGGGAAAUUUGAAAAGAAAAAUUGUGAAAAUUUGACCAAAA